CUUCAUGAUCCUCUUGCUGUCUUCUCAUGACCCACUGCUGGUCAUAACCCACAGUUUGAGAAAUGCCUCAUAGGUCUAUAUAAGCUCCCAAGCUGCAGUGAGCAUGUAUCUCCUCUUGACCUCCAUGUCUUGUAAUGUCCAGAGUAAUGCCUGAUGCCAUCAUAAGUGACACAUGAUAUCAUGGACAUGAAUCGUCGUUCUGCUCCACCGAAACUCAAUGUCUCUGUGGGGAAGAAGCAGCCAACAUUGACAGGGUUUCUCAAGAACAGGACAAUAAAUGCGAACGAAGAGCAUGCUUCUAUUCAGAGGAGUCCCUUGACACAAAUGAACUCCCCCUGUCAGAAGCCUGGUGGUCCAAAGUUCAGCUUCAGACCUGUCGGGUCAGGGGGACCGGCAAAGCCGGUUGCUAAGAUAACUCCAAAUUUCAGUUUUGGAGCUAAUACUAGUAGCUUUCCUGAAGGAGAAAGGAAAACAGAAUUUGAUUCAGGAGAUGAUCUAGAUGAUUUUAUGGUGGCUGAGCCCUCUCCCCCAAAGCCAUUCAAGGAGAAAGGCACUAGUGAGGAGCCUCAGAAACCAGAAGCACCAAGGCGCUUCCAUUUCAAGUCAAAUCAAGGACAAGCAUCAAAGAAAGAGCCUCCCGUUUCUGUCAUCAAUGUUGUGAAUGACAGCGAUAAAGAAGAGGACUCCAUCCAUCCCGUUCGCAAGAAGAAGAGACUGGUGUUGGAAGAGGAUGAUGACGUCAGUGGUGAUGGCAACGGCUUCGACGGACCGCCUUUGAAGAAAGGCAGGGCAGAGGAACGUCUCUUCCCUGAUACUGAUGAUGACCUCUUCUGUGAUAUAAUUGACUCGGACUUAGAGGAGGCAGAGACUAAUGCUGCAGUGAUUAAGGAUGAUGAAAGCCUCCCAUCUCUAUAUGAACUUGAUGACUGUGGCACUAACCAUGAGCCCAAUCCCCCCAACCCAGUUUUCCUACCUGCCUCAAGCCUUCAGUCCAAGACUAAAGCUUCCUCAUGUAUUGAAAUCACAUCUGCAGGUGUCUCAGAACUAAAACUCAAGGAAAUAAAUUCUCCAGGACUUCAAUCAGAGUCAGAAUUUGCCUCAGACCAUGAAGCCAAUUCAGAAAAAAAUAGGAAUUUCUGCUCCCCUCCAAUCCAACACCCAGCUUUAUUGUCGAUUGUGACUGGACAGACUCCCAGAUCCACUCUGGAGAAAAAUGUGAGUGAGCUGAAAGACCUCCACAUUGACACACUGGAGCAACUUGUGGCUCUUUAUGGGUCCAUUCCACCAGAAGUUCUGGGUCAAGUUCCAGGCUUUGAUUCCAGCAAGGCCAUGGAGAUGCGGUCGCUUUCGGAACGUGUCGGGAACAAGAUCCGACUCUGUCGCCGUCUCCUGCUUGAGAAGGUGGUGGAAGACACACCCAAAUGCAGCAAAGUGAUGCUGGAACAUGCUUCUCCUUUUGGGGAUACUCCAAAGCGUUUUGUGUUCAGGAAUUCUUCUGCUUCUGCCAUAACUCCCUCAGUGGAUGCAUCCAAGGAAAAUUCCAGGACCUCUAUCAACAUUUUGAACGGAGUCGAUGGAGUUGUAGCACUAACAGAAUUUCACUUUCUUUCAUUGGUAGAAUUGAAUGUGCCAUCAUAUCGAAAUUCAGCUUUCCCCACACCACUGGAUUUCAAUGAUGUCUCAAGGAACACAUGCGACCCAAGUCCUUUGAAAUCUCCUCCAAAAGCUGUGGUCAGAGAUGGGGAAAUCAAUUAUACCACUGCCCUCUACCACUCAUCUCCAGCUGCCAUGCCUUCAACCAGUGGGAGUCAAGCUGACUCAACCAAAUUACAGUUCCUGGGCAAUGUGCGGAAUGAUGCGGUGACAGGGAAGUUCUCAGGAACUAAUUUCCCUUUCAGUAAAGAUGUCUCUAAGGUGUUCAAGACAGUGUUUGGGUUGCGAGAGUUCCGUCAGUCCCAGCUCGAAGCAAUCAAUGCAGCCUUGCUGAAUGAAGAUUGCUUCAUCCUCAUGCCAACAGGUGGAGGGAAAAGUUUGUGCUACCAGCUUCCAGCCCUCAUCACCAAAGGAGUCACCAUCGUUAUCUCACCACUCAAAUCUCUCAUUCAGGAUCAGGUCCAGAAGCUCAAGUCCCUUGAUAUUCCAGCUGCUCAUCUCUCAGGUGAGAUCAAUGAAUCAGCUGUAAAUGCAGUCUAUGCGGCCAUCAGCAAGCGGGAUCCAGAGUUGCGGUUGCUGUAUGUGACACCGGAGAAGUUGAGUUCGAGUGCCAAGCUGACUAGGGCCUUACAUGGCCUUUAUCAGAGGGGUCUCCUAUCACGAUUUGUCAUAGAUGAGGCUCACUGUGUCUCCCAGUGGGGGCAUGACUUCCGGCCAGAUUACAAGAAGUUGUGCGUGCUGCGGGAGAAGUUCCCAGGUGUGCCAACAAUGGCACUGACAGCCACUGCAACCCCUCGUGUCCGAACUGACAUCCUCCAUCAGCUUCACAUGAAAAAUCCCAAGUGGUUCCUGAGCAGUUUCAACCGUAUGAACCUGCGUUAUGCAGUUACUGCCAAAAAGGGGAAGAAUGUGAUCCAAGAUGUAAUUGAUUUAAUCAAGAAAACAUUUCCUGGUCAGUCAGGAAUUGUGUAUUGUUUGUCACGUCGAGAGUGCAACCAAGUUGCCCGAAGCAUCACGCAAGGUGGAAUCAGAGCUGUCUCAUACCAUGCAGGCCUCACUGACCCACAGAGGAAUUCUGUCCAGCAUGAAUGGAUCUCAGAUCGUGUGAAGGUGGUAUGUGCAACUAUUGCAUUUGGUAUGGGGAUUGACAAGCCAGAUGUCCGCUUUGUCAUCCACUACUCCCUCCCAAAGUCCAUUGAGGGGUAUUACCAGGAAUCAGGCCGAGCUGGUCGGGAUGGCUCCACUGCCCAUUGCAUCCUCUUCUACUCCUAUGGCGAUGUUUAUCGCCUCCGGAAGCUCAUUGAAUUGGAUCAGUGUGGAAAUGCAACAUCCCAGGCUCACCAUCAUGAGAACCUCCGUCGAAUGGUGUCUUACUGUGAUAACCGCACCGACUGUCGUCGCACACUGCAGCUUAAUUAUUUUGGCGAGCGGUUUGACCGGAGUGCCUGCAAGGCCCAGACAGUCACAACCUGUGAUAAUUGCCGGGAAGAUGGGAGCAUGAAGAUGGUGGAUGUGACGGAAGAUUGUCGGGGGAUUGCAGAGGCGGUGAUGUCCAUGGCACGCCAACCCCGCAAGAGCUGCACCCUCUUGCAUCUUGCUGAUGUGUGCAAGGGAUCUGAGGCCAAGAAGAUCCUCGACUCUGGCCACAAUCGGCUUAGAGUCCAUGGGCGGCUGAAACACUGGUCCCGGACGGAUGUGGAACGUCUACUUCACCAGUUAGUCCUCGAGGACUACCUCCGUGAGGAUCUGUUUGUGACCCGCGAGGACAUCGCCAUCGCAUAUGUGAAACCUGGCGAGAAGAUCCAGAGUUUGCUCACUGGCCAAGCAAAGGUAUGCUCUCAUCAAAGUUCCCCUCCUAAGUGGACCUGCAUGGAAGAGAUU